AUGUUUAGUACAUAAGAAUUCAUUCAAUAAUAUUAAAACCUAGCUAAUGCUGAUAAAACAAUUAGUCAUUAAGCUAAUUAAUAUAUUCUCAAAUUAUAACAAAGUAAUGAGGCAUUUAGAAUUGCAAAAGAAUUAUUAGACUAACCUAAUAUAUAAUAAGAAUAUUAAUUCAUAGCAUGUUAAAUGAUAUAUAGAAGAUUGAAAGAAGAAUGCAAUAUUUCAAUUCAACCCUAUCUACUAGAAUUAUUAGCCAGACCUUUACCAUCUGUUGCUUUGAAUUAAAUCUGUUCUUCUUUGGCUGUAAUCAUAGUUGGUAAUCGAUCAUUAUGGGGCGGGUAUUAUUUAUAAUAAUGCUAGAAUAUUGUAAGAAUUAAUUUAGUUAAUGAAAUCGAAAAUGUCAAUAGGAGUAGAAAUAUUAACAUAAAUUGCAAUAUAGGGUAAAGAAUGGUAUAAAAAAAGUGAAUAAUUAAGAAUGUAAUAAGAAUUCAUUACUUAAGAAAAUACUUUAUCAGAAAUAUUUCUAAAUUUACUAUGGGUUUAAGAUUUAAGUAUAUUUAAUUAAACAGUUUAUUGUAUUGAAUGUUGGGUAUAAUUCUCAUUUAAUAUAUUCAAAGACUUAAAACUAAUUCAAUAAAUAUUAAAUUUAAUACAUUAAACAAUAUCAACAAAUGCUACUGAAUAUAGUGAUAAAUUAUUUGCUUUAUUAAAUGAAGGUGUUAUUUUUUCAUAAUACAAUAGAUAACAAAAUGUAAAUUCAAUUGAUUCUGAAGUAUUAUAAAAUUUAAACUUGAUUCUUGAAUUUAUAAUAAAAAUAUACAAUCCUCAAUUAUCAAAGGGAUAUGCUUCAUUUGCAACUAAAUUUAUUUGUGAUUUCUAUUCUAUUGUUUUUAAUUAAAAAUAUGAAUAAGCAGUAUUUAAUUUGAUGAGUAAUAUUGUAAGUAAUCCAUCAAGAAAGAUAGCUUUUUAAACAUUUGAAUUUUGGAGUUAAAUGAGAGAAUAUAAUAAAUUAUAAGGAUUUGGUUUAAAUAUAUUAUAAACAAUGAUUGAUAAAUGUAGAAUGAAAACAAUCAAAUUGACAAAAGAAUUCUUAUUAGGAGAACCUGAAGAAGAAGAUACUGAUUAUAAUGUUAAAUAUUAUGAGGGAGGUUAACAUUAUAUUUCUACUUCUGAUUUUAGAGAACAUUCUAAAGAUAUUUUUUAUAGUAUUUAUAAAAGUGCUGAAAUAACUAUGUAAUAAGAUUAAUACUUUCAGAUUGUAUUAACAAAUUUAGUAAUUUCUAGUCCUGAUUCAUAAAUGUAAAUAAUUCAAAGUGAGUCUGCAUUAUUUUCAUUAUGUUCUAUUAUAGAUGAAGCAGAUAUUUAAAUUAAUAAUCAACAAAUAUUACAAAUAAUAUAAUUUAUAUUGUCAUUACCUGUUCAUUCAAAUUUUGAUAUUAUUGUUAAAACAUCAUUAUAAAUGUUUAGUGAAUUUACAAAUCAAUUGUAAUUGAAUAAUGAGAUUUUACUUUAAAUUACUUAAUACUUUUUUAAAUAUAUGCUUCAUCCAUUAUUGGGACCUUUAGCAGGAGUGUAUUUAUUUUUAUAUAUAUAUUAUAUUAGAGCAUUUGAAUAGAUUUGUAAUUUAAGUACAUUGAAUAAUAUUUAAUUGAUUUCUGAAAGUGUUAAAUUCUUAGAAUUACAUUUUAGUGAGUUUAUUAAUUAAUCUUAAAUAAGUAAUUAUAUAGAAGGAAUAAUAAAAUUAUGUUAUAGAUUAUAUGAAUAAGGAAGUACUGAUUGUUUAUUAUAAGUAAAUAUAACAUUAAUAUUAGUUAUUUAAUUUUGCAAAUAAUCAAUUUUAAUAAGUAAAGAAUGCUUAAAUAACUGAAAAGGAAUUUAAUUACAAUAACACUUUAGUUAUUACAAUACUUUAAUGGAUGAAUUUGAAUGCCAAAUAAAAUGAUUAAAUAAAGUAAUUAUUAGAUUUAUUGUCUUAAUCAAUAUUUGAACCAUUAAUUGUUGUUUUAUAAGGAUAAUUAAACUUUACUUUUUAUGAUGAAAUUUUUAAAUUAAUUCGAAUUAUACUGAAAGUAUCAAACUAUUAAAAUUAAUAAUAAGUAAUUCAUUUAUUAUAAAUUUCCUAUUAAAUAUUUUAUUCGGAUCCAAUAUAAAAGCAUAAUUGGUUAUAAUUAAUAACUUAAGCUAUUGGUAGAUCUACUGAACAUUAAUUUAUUGCAUAAUGGGCUAAAAUAAAUGAUUAUUAAAUUCAUUUAUUUUGUAUAGAAUAAUUUAAUUGUUGGAAGGAUCCAGAUUUAAUGAAAGUUUAUGUUGAAUAUGUUAAAGAAUGCAUAAGAUGUUGUUAAUAAGUAUUAUUUGAAUCUCCUUAUUUGUAAAAAAUAAUUGAUAUAAUUUGUGAUGCAUUCUUAACUUUGAAUUCAUAUGAAAUGCAAAGAGAAAUUCUUCAUUUUUUUAAGUAUUAAUUUAUAUAAAUUAGAACUUUAUUUUAAUGUUUAGAUAAAAAUAAAGAAUAUUUCAAUCCUUUAGUUGUUAAAAUUAUUUAAACUUUAUUUAUGUCUAUUAGUGAUAUUAAUCCUGCAAUUGUAUUUUAAAUAGUUUAAAUUUUAAUGUUAAUUUUAUAAAAAUAAGUAAAUCCAAAUGAAUUAGAAGAAUUAAUUUAUUAAACAUUAUAAAAAAGUUGGGGAAAAGAUAAACCAAUCUAAAAAGUUAAAUUAAUCAGUUAAGCCAUAAUUUCAUAUUUAUUAAAAUCUGAUUAAGGUGAAAUAAAUAGAAAUCUGAAAUUAUUACUUGAAAAUUUAAGACCUAUGAGUGAAGAAGAAAUCAAUUAUAUGUAAUUGGAAUUAGUAAUAAAACGUAAAUGA